UGUGUGUAAAUUUGUACACUCAUACACAAUAAUUCACCAUAUGUGAAUUAUUAAAUUCCCUCUGAAUAUCAUUGAUGACCACACUCCAGUCCGGUAGGUAGCGGUAAAUGCACCUUAAGUUGGUUGCCAUUCGCCAAUAAAACACAAAAGAAGAAGAAGUCCAUCAGUCUUUACUAUCUGACAACAGUACAUUGAAGGAGAAAUGGCUGCAAGGUUACUGCUCCGCUCCGGGCUGAGAGCCGUGACAACCUGCCAGGCUGUCCGGGCUCCGGCUCUGAGCCGCAGCAUGGCGGCUGGAGGCAUUCCCACUGAUGAGGAGCAGGCCACUGGGCUGGAGAAGGUCAUCAUGAAGGCCAUGAAGGAGGGAAAGGAUCCUUACAACAUGAUGAAGCCUAAGAGCUACGCUGGCUCCAAGAACGACCCCCACCUGGUUCCCUCCAUCACUAACAAGAGGGUUGUGGGCUGCAUCUGUGAGGAAGACAACACUGCCAUCAUCUGGUUCUGGCUUCAUGAGGGCGAGCCCCAGCGCUGCCCCUCCUGUGGUGCCCACUACAAACUGGUGCCCCAUAACCUCUCCCACUAACUUAAAACUAAGUCUUUUAGUAAAUGUAUUUACAGUACCAAUUUGGCUUCUCUUUGAAAUGUUAAUUUUAUCUCUAGACCAAGAAAACUCAGUGUUUUAAGUUUUCACUGUGCUUGAAGACGCUGUCUUUUUGUUGUUUGGGCUUGGUGUAUUUCCUGGUCUGAUGUUUAUUUUGUCUGUUUUAGCACUUGAUCUACAUUUUAACCUCAAUUUUGGCUUCACAUGUUACAUUUCCAAACAACUCAGAUUUGUUUUGGGACCUUCAGCUUCAGUUUACAUUGACUGUACUGUAUGAUGUUACAUUCGGACCACUCCUAUUGUUCAGUCAAUAAAGUUCUGAACUCA